AUGGAAAAGAGUUCAGACGUUAACACGUCGCAAGUAACUUUCAGGAAAGUAGCGUUGCUUUCAUGUGGCACAUUUAAUCCACCAACUUAUAUGCACCUUCGAAUGUUUGAACGUGCACGGGACUACCUCAAAAAAAUACAUGGUUGGGAGGUCGUUGAAGGUAUUAUGAGUCCCGUAGCGGAUAAUCUUGGUCGACCCGAUAUGGUACCAGCUAAGCAUAGGCUGAAAAUGGUAGAGUUGGCUACCAAAUCAUCAUCCUGGAUCAGAGCGGAUGGAUGGGAGUGUUCGCAGGGUGAAUGGAUAAGGACAAUUCAUGUUUUGCAUCAUUUCAAAGAAGUACUUAAUUGUAAAUAUAAAAGUGAAAACUGCAAAGUGCAAUUACUACUGCUUUGUGGCGGUGAUGUUAUCGAAAGUUUUACAAAGUUGGCCGUUUCCGAUGUUAUGUUAUGGAAUACCAAGCAGGUCGAAGAAGUUGUCCGAGAUUUUGGUGUGGUUGUGGUGAUGCGAGCAAACACUGAUCCUAUUAGCGCCAUCUAUCUUGCCGAUGUACUCCAUACAUAUCAGAAGAAUAUAUUUGUGAUUGAAGAUGAAACAUGUCCAAAUGAUAUCAGUUCGACACGCUUAAGAACAGCAAUACGGCGGAAAGAGUCGAUACGAUACUGUACAAGUGACGAAGUUAUUCAAUACAUUGGGGACAAUUCUCUCUACGGAGCGACAUCACUACCAGCUAUGCGAUUGAAAAUGCAGAAUAUAUGUAAAUCAGCGAGUUCAUCAAAUAUAUCGGCAAGCAAUACCCCUGCUUCCUUUGGAAGCAGUUUAAAACAUCCGAAACUUAGUCUUUCACCGCCAAAGAAGACAAUUGCAAUCACUGAAGGAGAUAGUCAGAAGGAAGAGAAGCAAUCAUUUGUCAUGGAGUCAAGCCCAAUUUGGUAUCCCUCAGGUUCCCUGCCUGAAUAUUCAUUACUAACUGAAAAACUUGUUAGCACCACUCAUUCAAUGUCACACUUACAAAAAACUCUACCAAUUUUAAUACAAAAUAAACAGUGUUCUGCUGAAAUUAACAACGAUACAACGGUACCAAAACAAUCCAAGCACGCACAUUUUCGGUCAUUGGAAUCUUCAGGUUAUCAUAAUUUAACCUCGGAUAAAAUGCUAACUGCAAGCAGUGAUUGGGUUGAUUAUCUUGGUACCAAAAAAGAUGAACUCACCGAGUACGCAAAAGAAACAGACACACUGAUGACACCGCAAGUUGAGCAAGCUAAUUUGCAAAUGAAGAUGCUAUUACCAGUGCAGCGAAAGAACUAUGAAAUGCAAACUAAGCAACGUCUGACAGGUGUCUCACGUAGUAUUGGAAAUUUGGCAACGGAACUUUCAUUAGAAAAAGAAGAUAAAAGUCGUACUUUGUCUCAUGUACGAUCUGAAGAAAGAAGUGAAGAGAGUAAUAAUGUGACACUUAUUUAUAGAAAGUAUAAGUUAGCUUCAACUCCUGAAACUACCGUAUAG